GCAGCUUUUACUCGUAUCAAAUUAAGUGCUGUAAUUUAAUGGUUUCUUGUCUUCUCCAUAUUUCAAGACAAAAACUUUGAUUGAAAGUCAAAUUUGGUUUUCAUUAUCUCCAGGCGCUUAUAAAUUUUUUUUUAAAAAAAAACCUCAUGCUCCCCUUCUCUCAUUUUUUCGGCUUUCGCCAGAAUACCGGCAUAUUGCCUUCACGAAGAUUCUUCAAGGGAGCUCAAAUUCUGACUGUUUUUCUUGGAUUUUAUUCAUUCUGUUAUAUAUGUACGAUAGCACGGGAGAAUGGAACCAUCAGGAUUUUAAGCAGUCUCCGAUUGAACAAUUUCUUAUGUUUAUCACUGCCAAAGCCUCCACACCUAUCAGACAAUCAUUUUUCCACACGACACCCUCCAAUGAAUCUAAUUGUUGCCUACAUGAGGAGUGGGUCGACAUUAACUGCUAAUAUGGUUCGCCACAAUGAAGGUGACUUCUACAUGUUCGAACCUUUACAUGGUAUCACACAGGCUGUGCAAAAAACAUCACCAGUGCAAUUCCUCAAUGGAACAAAACGAAUGAUUUCCAGAAGGGAGCUUUUUACAGUGUAUGCUGAACUGCUUUAUCACUGGUUUACCUGUAACUUUGCUGGUAUCGAUAUUACGGCUUUAACACAUCCAUUCAUUGUGCAAUAUACACCAGAGCUGGGCGAAUAUUACCGAUGUAUUAAUCCUAAAACAUCGAGAAGAAGUAAAACAGAAAAUGUCAAAAUGUGCCUAACCUGGUUACACAAAAGGUGCGUGAAAUCCAAGUCACGAACUAUAAAAACCAUUCGACUCCCGAUAUCUAUGGCGGGAAAACUUCUGGACUGGCUUCCGAGCCUGAAGAUCAUUCAUUUGAUACGAGAUCCACGUGGUAUAUUGAACUCUCAGUUUGAAAAACUGGUUAAUGACGGUAAAAACAUGUCCACGGCUGCUGAGGAGUUGUGUCAAUCUAUAUCAAACGACUUGUCGGCAUAUGAAGACUUGCAAUAUUGCCAUAAAAACAGAAUAACUCGUAUAAUUUAUGAAGACAUGUGCGAAAAUCCUUUUGUCAUUGUGCCAAAACUAUAUGAAUUUCUAAAUACUAAAUACACGAAAAGAGUCAAUGACUAUGUGAAAUGGACCAUGACAGGACCUGUUCGAUCGUGUGACUACUGUACCAAUAAAGGCAAUGCACUUAUGAACGCAUAUAGAUGGAUAUCGAUCAUUCCUCGACACGUGAUACAAACUUUUGAUACGCAUUGUUCAUUCUUAUAUCCAAAAUUAGGCUAUCAAAAUCUAGAUUACGAUAAAUUAAAUAUUACAGAGAGGUCCUGGCUUCCUGGUACCAGUCACUAGUCCACAGUACCUUGUAUUCAUUUUAUAAUGUUUAAAGGGUAUAUUGACAGUAGGAUAAUUUCUUCAAAUUCAUUUUAUUUCCAGUUUCUUGAAUACUGUAAUUAAGCUUGAAACAAAGAAAAGCUUUACACGAAUAA